CGAUCGAAACUGAUAUCGGCUGCAUGUUGGGGUGAAGGAGGAGACGAGUCUGCAACCUGGAGUGAGUCCGGAAACAAGCCGAGAGGUUUCUUUUCGACGGACAUGUAACCUUAAAGAACAAAAAAGAGAGAAAAUAAUUUAAAAAUCUUCAUCUGUUGGAGUUUUUACCAAGAGAGGAGAGUAAAUGUAGCUUUUAUUGACUUUUUAAUUGGUAGGUGAACUUCUUGAAACGGAUUUGUGGGCGUUUUGACACGUAAAAGAGGAUGUGGACGAACCUUUUCUGCUCGGUUGUUUGGUGCGUCACAGUUUGGAGUUCUCGCGCCCAAGAAUGUGGUCGACCUCCAUUAAUGGAGAACAGGAUUGUGGGAGGGAUGGACUCCAAAGAAGGGGCUUGGCCGUGGCAGGUGGAUUUACAGACAAAGAGUGAUGGUCACAUCUGUGGAGGCUCCAUCAUCACACAGAACUGGGUCUUAUCAGCAGCACAUUGUUUCCCCAAUUCAUACGACGUGAGCAACUACAUUGUCUACGUUGGCCGGUACCAGAUCAAAAACACCAACCAGCAUGAGUCGGUUCACUCUGUGAGUCGCGUGGUGAUCCCAUCCAGCUACGUUGAAUCUUACAAGGGGCAAGAUGUGGCCCUAGUGCAGCUGUCCACCCCCAUAACCUGGUCGGAUUAUGCCCGUCCUGUGUGCUUGCCCUCGUCUGGAACCCUGUUUUCUGCUGGCAUGCGGUGCUAUGUCACCGGAUGGGGCAACACCAAGGAAGACGUCUCUCUGUCAGGACUCGGGACUCUACAGGAAGUGGAGGUGCCAAUCAUCUCCCAGAGUUCAUGUCAGGAGAUGUACCUCUCAGAUCCAACGGAGCAGGUGGACAUCCUGAGUGACAUGAUCUGUGCGGGAUACCAGGGGGGCGGAAAGGACUCCUGCCAGGGUGACUCAGGGGGGCCCUUGGUCUGCCCGAUGGUAAAUGGGACCUGGGUGCAGGCUGGCGUGGUGAGCUUCGGGAUCGGCUGUGCUCAGCAGAACAAACCAGGCGUGUACGCGCGGCUCACCACCUUCUCAAGCUUCAUCAAGAACAACAUACCAGAGGUUCAGCUGUAUGGAGCAGCCCAUCACAUCCAGAGUGGGAGCGUUAUUUUGCUCUUUAGCUUUGUGCUAAUCCUGCAGGUUCUACUUCAAAGAUGAUUUCUGAGGGUCAAUCUCUGCCUCAGUGGCCUUUAACAGUCACAUUAUGUUACUUGUAUCUGACUUGCACGUGAAGCCAUAACAAAAUGUAAACAUGAUUUUUUUUAUUUUUAAUUACAGCUUUGUAUUAUGAGCUUUAAGUAGAUUUCAUAGUUUUGUAUUUUAAAUCAUUUCAAAUAAAAUGUUUUUAAUCGUCAAA